AUGAGUGAGACCUGUAGCAGCAGCCUUGCCCUUUUACACAAAAUCCUACAUAUCCAUUCACAUACGCCUUCUGUAUACUACAAUAUAUGCAUAUCAGUUAGAAUUCUGACAUCUGAACGUCUUCAGUGCUUUUUUUUCUCUUUCUUUCCAGAUCCAAAUAUCACCGGCAGCGGCCUCAAAGUACCCGGUUUUCUUUUUUUUCACACUUUUUUUUUUUCCAAAUCAUGUUGUCAAGCAUUGAUUGACUCAUUUUCCUCUGACUACUACCAGUUCAAAAUGUUAGAGAAAAAUAGAAAAGCAGAAAAAAUAAAUAAAAGAACCAUAUUUAUUUGUUCAUUCACUUUCGAGUAUAAAAUUAAAUCUUGUUUUUCUUGUUUUCACUUAAGUACACAUACAAAUUAA